UAUUUCAGUUGGUCCUAACAAAAAGACAUCACGUGACAGUUGAUUUUUCAGAAUUUCCUCUGCUUUAAAGAUCCACGAUGGACACGGCCGGCCACAGCCUGAUCCUUCUGCAGCAGCUGAACAUGCAACGGGAGUUUGGCUUUCUCUGCGACUGCACAGUUGCCAUUGGAGACGUCUACUUCAAAGCUCACAGAGCGGUCCUGGCUGCUUUUUCCAACUAUUUUAAGAUGAUAUUCAUUCACCAGACAAGUGACUGCAUAAAGAUCCAGCCGACAGAUAUCCAGCCCGACAUAUUCAGCUAUUUGCUCCACAUCAUGUACACCGGGAAAGGCCCCAAACAGACCGUCAAUCCUACCCGGCUGGAGGAAGGCAUCCGCUUCCUACACGCGGACUACCUGUCCCACAUGGCCAUCGAAAUGAACCGGAUGCUGUCUCCGGAGACGGUGCAGUCUUCCAACCUGUACGGGAUCCAGAUCUCCACCACCCACAAGACGGUCAAGGAGACCCUGCAGACAAAAGAGAGUCUGGCGGGUCUCGGUAGCCGAGCCUCCAACCAGGGCGAUCACCCUCAGCUUCAGCUCUCUCUGGCUAUCGGGUUGGACGACAGCUCUUUGGACCAGCCGAUUUCUCAUCCUCCCAUUCAGGGGGCUGGCAAACAGGCCGAGGACCUCCCGAAGCCAAUGGUGACCAUAAAGCAGGAGAAAGCCGACCCAGAACCGGUGGUGUCUCAGAGCCAUACCGCGUCCUCCCCGGAUCUUGGAGUUCCGGCCUUUUCGAAAACGAACGUCAAAUCCCACGUAUGUCAGUACUGCGGAGAGCGUUUUGAAUCGCGGGGCCUUUUGCGAGAGCAUCUGUUCACUCACGUGUCGGGGUCCCUGCCGUUCGGGGUGCCGGCCUCAAUCCUGGAGAGCAACGACCUCCUCCAGGGCCCGCCGCUGAGCCAAAGUUGCGCCACCGCCGAAAGCCACCGCCUCGACACCUUCCUGCGGAAAGAGAAUGAGCGCCGGCUGGAGCACCCCUCCCGCGGCAGCCUGGAGGCCUUACCCAUCGGCCAACUCUCGCUGGUGUCCAAAGACUCAGAGCCGGUGGAGUUGAACUGCAACUUUUCUUUUUCCCGGAAGAGGAAGGUCAGCUGCACCGUGUGUGGCCACAAGUUCCUCCGGAAGAGCCAGCUGCUGGAACACAUGUACUUGCACAAAGGGAAGCACUUCAAAUACAGCCGGUGCCAGAGGGUGGGCAGCGGGGCGGCCCCCAAGUUUCAGCCCUACGACGACAGUUGGACGCCGAACGGGGGGAAAGGCGCCACUCUCCCGCAAGCUCGUUUGGAGGCGCAGAACGUGUUAGACCCUGACCUCUCGCAAGAGAACAUUGACACCAUACUGGUUGAAUAG